CAUGGAGAAAGGUUAAGGAGUUUGGUGCUUUAUUCACUGAAGCAUGGAGAACGAGGGGCAAUCUUAUAGAGAUGGAAGAUCCAAUUCAGCUAAAGGAGAAUGGCAAUGAAUUUUUUCAGAACAAAGACUAUGACAAAGCCAUUGACUGCUAUACUAAAGCUAUUCAACUGAUUAAAGACAAGAAGGCUUUGGCUACACUUUAUAGAAACCGAGCAGCAUGUCACUUGAAAAAGGAAAACUAUGUGCCUGCUGCAUCAGAUGCUUCCAAAGCUAUUGAUGUGGACGCAUCAGACAUCAAAGCUCUCUUCAGGCGUAGUCAAGCAUUGGAGAAGUUGGGGAAACUGGACCAAGCUUUUAAAGACAUCCAGAGAUGUGCAACAAUGGAACCGAAGAACAAAACAUUUCAAGAAGCUUUGCGGCGUCUGAAUCAUGAUAUUCAAGAGAAGCUAAAAAUUCAGUUCUCCACAGAUUCGAGAGUGGAACGGAUGUUUGAAGUUUUACUGGAUGAGAAUAUUGAUAAAGAAAGGAAGGAAAAGGCUGCAAAUAACUUGAUUGUACUUGCGAGGGAAGAUGCAGGAGCUGAGAAGAUCUUCGGAAACAACGGCCUUAGUCUGUUGAUCCAGCUAAUUGAAACCAAGAAGCCAGAAAUGAUGCUGGCUGCAAUCAGAACACUUUCGGGCUUGUGCAGCCGCCACAAGUCAAGAGCAUUGGCUGUUUUGCAUUAUGUGGAAAUGGAUAGGAUCUGCGGUUUCUUGGGCUUAUAUGAUGAAGAGAUUACUUUGGCAACAUCCAGUCUCUUCCAGACCAUCAUGGAUAACUUUGAAGGCACAGAUAGUAAGGAACAUCGUGGGAAAGAUGAAGCUCUGGUGCUUGAUACAUCAAAAGUUGUGAAGGUGAUAAUCACACACCUCCUGGAAAUGCUGGUUCACCCCCGUGUCACAGGGCAUGGGAGAGAUCAGGUUCUCAACCUACUGAUUAGAAAUGUACCUCGAAAGAAUCUGAACAUUAAAGACAACACCAGAAGUUUGGAAACCAUCGAUUUAGGUUUGAAGAAAAUCUUGAAAGUGGGAGGGCAGUUCCCUGAACUGCCAGACUGCUUGCCCCUGACUGAGAACACCUGCCUCACCGCUUCUAUCUUACUCAACAACCUUUACUGUGAUCUUCGAUGUGACCAGGAAAGAGAAAAUUUCCGAAAAAUCUGUGAGGGAUAUAUAACGAGCAAGUUUGAUCCCAAGAACAUGGAGAAAAACCUGCAUGCAAUUCAGUGCGUGUCCGCACUCCUUCAGGGACCGUUUGAUGUUGGUAACAGCAUUCUGGCUUUGCAAGGGGUGAUGGAGAUGAUGGUCGCACUAUGUGGUUCGGACAGAGAGAUUGACCAAUUGGUGGCAUUGGAAGCCAUCAUCCAUGCAGCAAGCAAGGCCAGUAGAGCAAGUUUCAUCAUCACCAAUGGAAUCACUUUACUGAAGGACAUGUAUAAAAAGUCAACCAAUGAGAAAAUCAAGAUCAGAGCCUUAGUGGGCCUAUGCAAGCUUGGAUCAGCUGGAGGGACGGACUAUGCACUGAGGCAAUUCUCUGAAGGAUCCACUGAAAAACUUGCAAAACAAUGUAGGAAGUGGUUAUGCAACCAGAACAUCGACACCCGCACAAGAAAGUGGGCAAUUGAGGGCAUGGCAUACCUGACUCUAGACGCUGACGUGAAAGACGACUUUGUUCAGGAUGAGCCAGCAAUGCAGGCAAUGUUUGAUUUAUCAAAGUCCACUGACAAGACGAUCCUUUAUGCUGUGGGAUCAGUCCUAGUAAACUGCACGAACAGCUAUGAUGUAAAAGAGAAGAUACCCGAGCUGGUUGAAUUGGCAAAGUUGUCAAAGCAACAUGUGCCUGAAGAUCAUCCCAAGGAUAAAAAAGAUUUUGUGAUCCAGAGGGUGAAGCGUUUGAUCAAAGCUGGUGUUGUCUCCACCCUUGCUGUCAUGCUGAAGGCAGACAGUGAAAUCUUGACAGACCAGACCAAAGAGCUCAUGGCACGAGUGUUCCUUGCUCUGGUUGAGGAUGUCAGAGAUCGUGGCAAAGUUGUGGCACAAGGUGGUGGAAAGUCAUUGUUACCACUUGCCCUCCAUGGUACCGAUGUUGGCAAAAUCAAGGCAUCCCAUGCUCUUGCUAAGAUCACUGCCAGUUCCGACCCAGAAAUAGCCUUCCCCGGUGAAAGGAUCUAUGAAGUGGUACGGCCACUGGUCAGCCUCCUGAACACUGACCGAGACGGCCUGCAGAACUAUGAGGCUUUGUUGGGACUCACAAACCUUGCGGCAAAAAGUGAGAAGCUGAGGCAAAAGAUAAUCAAGGAGAAAGCCCUCCCUGAGAUUGAGUGUUAUAUGUAUGAGGAACAUGAUCAAAUUCGACGAGCAGCUGCUGAGUGUAUGUGCAACAUGGCUAUUUGCAAAGACGUCCAAGAGCGUUUCAUUGACGAGGGGAAUGACAGACUGAAGCUAAUGAUACUACUGUGUGGUGAAGACGAUGUGAAGCUCCAGCGAGCAGCCAGUGGAGCCCUUGCCACCCUCACAGCCAAACGCAAGGAACUCUGCCACAAGCUAACAACAGUCACGGUCCAAUGGCUAGAGAUCUUGCAGCGACUCUGUCUCCACGACAACUUGGAGAUCCAGCAUCGCGGUCUGGUCAUCGCUCUAAAUCUGAUAGAAGCGGACAAGGAGAUUGCCAAAAAGAUGAUUGAGAGUGAAUUGCUGGAGAUCCUGACUGUGAUUGGCAAGCUGGAAGAUAAUGCCAAGCAUCAAAAUGUUAUUAAUGUGGCCCGGGAAUGCCUUGUGAAAGCCAUGGACUAUUCCUUGAUCAAACCGACAUCUCAGCAUGGAAAAUAAAGAGCAGCUUGUGCAGAAAAAUUAGAUUACUCAAUUAAAGCUCACUAUGAGAUGUAAUUGGUUGUUUACUUGAAGUCUGUGUGGCCAAAGAGACUUAUAAAAAAAAAUACCCAUAAAUCCUUUUGAUUUUGUUACUUGGUCAUUAUAGAUUAGUUGUUGGUGAUCUUUAAAACAGUUUUUUGACUUAAUUCUUGUGACAAACUGCUGACUGGAAAACAAAACUUGAUUAUACAAGCUAUUAUUUAACAAAAUAAAUUAACUUUCAGUGCGACACAUCAUGUGCCAAGUAUUGGAAGCUGAAUUCCUUCCUUGCAGUCAAAGACUACAGCCACUUUUGCGCCAUUGUGAAAUAGGAAAGGAAGGAAUUCACGGGUAAUGAAACGUUGUUGAAGUACAGUUACUGAUGGAAGGUGGCAGUCAAACGUUCUGCAGAGCCAGAUCCCACAAGCUGAGUAUGAUAAAGUCAAAUCCAAGAAUUGCAGUUCAGAAAUGAAAACAGAAAAUGUUGGAAACACUCAGCAGGUCAGUCAGCAUCUUUGGGGUGAGAAACAGUAAAUGGUUUGGGUGAAAAACCCUUCAGCUGUAUGAUUGAUGCACUUGAGUGCUCCUGUUUGCCUUCCAAGUAGUGCUCUGACAUUUCACUGUCCAGAGGGUGGCAAACUGGUGCAGUGAGUCGGGCCACUGUCUCACAGUGCCAGAGACCCAGGUUUAAUCUGUCUGUGUUCAGUUUGCACAUUAUGUCAGCACCUACACACUGUGCGAGACAGUAUUGAUUUCCUCUGGAUGCUGCAAUUUGUCUGAGGCGUAUUGCUUGGUAGAUUAAUCGGCCAUUGAAAAUUGGUGACGUGGGUAGGUGAAUGGUCGACCU